ACAUUCCCUGCAUUUCUCUCUCUCUCUCUCAUCACUUUCUCACACAAUGGAUGCAUUUCUUGCCUGCGUCCUGUUCUUUCUCAUACCAUUGUUCUCUUCUGUCUUCGUGCUUUUAAAAAAACAAUACCGAAAGCCCCCCACAAGGCCACAGCUUCCUCCUGGUUCCAUGGGAUGGCCCCGUAUAGGAGAGACUCUUCAACUCUACUCUCAGAACCCGAACGUCUUCUUCGCCGCCAAACAGAAAAGGUACGGUGAAAUAUUCAAGACCAAUAUUCUGGGUUGUCCCUCGGUGAUGCUGGCUGGCCCCGAGGCUGCGCACUUUGUGCUCGUGACUCACGCUGACUUGUUUAAGCCCACCUAUCCUAAGAGCAAGGAACGUCUGAUUGGCCCGUCUGCUCUGUUUUUCCACCAAGGUCAGUACCAUAUGAGUCUGAGGAAGCUCGUUCAGGAUUCGCUCUCCCUCGAAUCACUUCGCAAAUUGGUGCCUCAUAUUGAAUCCUUGGCUGUUUCUGCCAUCAAUUCUUGGGCUGACGCGCCCCUCGUUAACACAUUUAGUGAAAUGAAAAGGUUUUCUUUCGAGGUGGGUAUCCUUCUAGUCUUUGGCCAUUUGGAGCCCAGGCUUAAAGAGGAACUCAAGAAAAACUACUGUAUAGUAGACAGAGGCUACAAUUCCUUUCCCACUAGCAUUCCAGGAACCUCAUUCAAAAAGGCACUGUUGGCAAGAAAGAGGCUUGGCGAGAUUAUCAGAGAUAUAAUUAGUGAGCGCAAGGAGAAGAAAUUGCCUGAAAAAGAUCUCAUGGGAUGUCUGUUGAGCUGGAAAAAUGAGAAUGGAGAAGUCUUGAGCGACGAGGAAAUCUCAGAUAACAUUAUUGGAGUGCUGUUUGCUGCUCAAGACACUACAGCUAGUGUCAUGACAUGGAUAAUAAAAUACCUGCACGAUGAACCCAAACUUCUGGAGGCUGUAAUGGAGGAGCAGAAGGCUAUUCGCGGGUCAAAUAAUGAAGGUAACCUACCACUGAGUUGGAAUCAGACUAGAAGCAUGCAAGUUACCAACAAGGUUGUAUUAGAGAGCUUGAGAAUGGCAAGCAUUAUAUCAUUCGCUUUCAGAGAAGCAGUGGCUGAUGUAGAUUACAAGGGGUUCCUAAUACCAAAAGGGUGGAAAGUUUUGCCUCUGUUCAGAAACAUUCAUCAUAAUCCAGAUUAUUUUCCCGAUCCUCAUAAAUUUAACCCUUUUAGGUUUGAGGUGGCACCAAAACCCAAUACUUUCAUGCCAUUUGGCAGUGGAGAACAUGCCUGCCCUGGUAAUCAGCUUGCCAAGCUGGAGUCGCUGAUCAUGGUCCACCAUUUGGUCACUAAGUUUAGGUGGGAAGUGAAAGGAUCGCAACGUGGGAUUCAGUAUGGCCCAUUUCCAGUUCCUGUGGAUGGAUUACCAGCCAGAUUUUGGAGAGAAUCUACCAGCUAGAAAGCAGCACGCAAGCACGUCUCAGCUAAUCAUCAUAAUCCCUGAACCGCCAUCCACUUUCUCUGUUAUUCCAAUUUUUCUUCUGUAAUUUUCCCCGUGUCUCAAAAUCUUUGCCCCUCUGUUUUCAUUAUCCCACCCUCCUCGAAGGGGGAAGGUAAUUCUUUUUCCUCAAGCAAUCUAUAUGUUAGUCAUGAUGUGUUAUUAGAUUUGACAAUAAAAGGGGUAGUUGAGCAGAAUGAGGCUAUGAUCUGAAGUUCAAAUGAUAUAUAAGUUACGAUAAUUUUUUAUUUAUUUAUUUCGGGGGGGUGGGGAGGUUGGGAUCGCACUCAUUACUAGCUUGGUGUCUGUACGUAUUGCAUGAGUAACACGAAAUAGCGACAAACUACACAACACGCGCCCUGGCUUCCAGCGAAUUCAUGAUUCAUAGGGUAGAGGCUGAAGGAGAGCCACGUUUUGCCUUGCGUGAUCGCUUGGGUCAUUCUUUAUCUGAUUCAUGACGCUGCAUAUAUAUUUGAGGCACCCCUUACUCUCACAUCUUUGUUUGGAGUACCAAGAUGGGCUCCCUUAGUUAAACUCUAUGAUUCUUGUCUCGUCUGCUUCAGCUUUGAUAUUUUGCUUCUUAGGACCACCCCCCUCAGCCACCUUAGCCUCAUAAUCCCAUUCGCUUAUAUUUCACCAGGGACUCACUUUUGUAUUCCCUGCCCAGAGCUUGAUAGUUGAGACCAAUUAGAACUGUUUAAGUCGAGACAGUGAUAUAAAAACCGAAAGGGGUAUGUCAAUUUUUUUUUUCUUUUGUGUCAAAGGGGUAUAUAAAAUUUACUCGAACUGUAUACAACAUUUACUCUCCUCUUUCUUUCUAUCUAUCUCUUACUUCAAAAACUGAUAAAUUAAAAGAAUCCAUAUCUUUCAUCAUAUCCUGCCCUUCAAUAAUCAAACAUAAUAUGAGUAGCGAAAAGGACAAGGUCCACUCAAAGAGCUGUUAGUGCCUAGCAAAUUAUCUGUAUUUCUCAACUUAGAAGUCUAGUCUUCGAAGAAACUUAGAAGCACGAGCAAUACU